AGAAAGAGAGGGAAAGAGAGUAAAAGACAGAGAGAGACAGAGAAGUGCAGCACGCAUGUCACGUCUGAUAAGUGUGGCUCAUUUGUGGCUGAUGAAUCGUUGCCACUGAAAUAUUGUAAGCAACAACGAAAACGACAACGAAAACUUGCUCAACUCCUCACCACAACCGCAAUUACAACCGCAACCACAACCGCAACAACGACCACGACCAACCGCAAAAUAUCGGCCAGUGGGCUAAGUUAAGUUUUCGAAUUUGGUGUCGAAUUUGUUGCGUGCAAUUAUGAAAGUGGUUGUUGUAGUUGGUUUGCUUGCGAGUUCGAUAUCAAUACGUAAGAGGCGGUCAAUUGAUUUUUAAACACACGACGCACACGGUUAACGCCCUUCGACAAUGGGCCUUUUAUAGAAAGUCUUCCAAGGUAUUUGCGUAUUCGUGUCCACGCCGGCGAGAAUUAUAAAAACCCUCCGCACUUGACAAUUGCACAUCAAAGCCGAGUUAGCACUCAAACAAACCACCCACAAAAACCCAAACCAACCCAAAAACUAAAUCAAAAUGUUUGCCAAGUUGAUGCUCGUUGCUCUGUGCGUGGCUGGUGCCCAGGCUGGUCUGCUGCCCUUCGCUGCUCCCGCUCCACUUGCUGCCGCCGGUGUUGUGGCUCCCUAUGCCUCCAGCUUCAAUGCCCAUCGGAUUAACCAUGCUGUCGCCUUCCCCGUAGCACCUCCAGUUGCUCCUGUUGCCUUGGCUGCUCCAGUCCCAGCGCCUGUGGCCUUUGCUCCACCCAAGGUGGCUUUUGCUGCUCCCGCUUUGGCUCCUGCUCCAGCCUUUGCUCCAGCACCAGCUUUUGCUCCAGUUCCUGCUCCAGUUGCCGCUCCUCUGGCUGCUCCUUUGGGUGCUCCUCUGGCUGCUCCUUUGGCUGCUCCUUUGGGCGCUCCUCUGGCUGCUCCUUUGGCCACUCCCUUCGGAUAUGCCGCUCCUACGCCUUUGGCUUUCGGUGCGCCCGCCAGAUUCGGUCUGCCAGCCGCAGCUCCCUUUGCUGCUCCCCUGCCCGCUCCUCUGGCCGUCGCACCCAAGUUCGCGCCUGCACCUUACUUCUUCUAAACGUAGCUUAGCACAUAAAACUUCCUCCGUCCACAAGGAGUCACAGACUUAGCACAAAUCUCAACUAGUAGAAAGCAAAAAUGCUUGGCAAAUAAAUUUUAAAAUACACUUUUAUUCGUCUUCUUAAAAGCUUCCUCUCUACAAUCGAAUUCCCUUCACAUGUCCAAUGCGCUGAAAGAGCGGCACAUGCUCAAAGGGUGUAUGAGAGAUUGGCACCGAGUCGUAGGUGACGUGAGCAAUCUUCGUAAGCGGAGCCACAAUUGUAUAACCAGGAUGUUGCUGCUCCUCCAGAGUCGCUGGAUGAUGAUAGACAACGGCUG